AUGUUUGCACUUCCCGUUCCCGCUUCUCUUCAGAAGAGCCUCGACACCACCAAGGUCGAAUAUGUAAACCUGGGAACCUCCGGUCUUCGGGUGUCCGUUCCAGUCCUGGGCGGCAUGUCCCUCGGGUCCAGUGAAUGGGCGCCGUGGGUGCUGGACGAGGAAGCAUCGCUUGAGAUCCUCAAGGCCGCCUACGACCGCGGCAUCAACACCUGGGACACCGCGAACAUGUACUCCAACGGCGUCAGCGAGGAAGUUAUCGGCAAGGCCAUCAAGAAGUUCAACAUCCCCCGCGAGAAGAUCGUUCUCAUGACCAAGUGCUUCAUCUACGUAGGCGAAGAGACGAACCUCCACACUACCAUGUUUCCUCAAGAAAUACGCCAGAGCAAGGACUACGCCGUCGAUGACGCUCUUGCCCGCCUGGGAACGACCUACAUCGAUCUCUUCCAGAUCCACCGCUUCGACCCGACCACACCCAUCGAGGAGACCAUGAAGGCCCUCCAUGACCUCGUGCAAGCCGGCAAAAUCCACUACAUCGGCGCCAGCUCCAUGUGGGCCACCCAGUUCGCGCGCAUGCAGUUCGUCGCCGAGAAGAACGGCUGGACCAAGUUCGUCAGCAUGCAAAACUUCUACAACCUCGUCUACCGUGAGGAAGAGCGCGAAAUGAACCGAUUCUGCAAGGAGACGGGCGUAGGCCUUCUUCCCUGGUCGCCGCUUUACGGCGGAAAGCUGGCGCGGUCUGUCAAGGCUGAAAACACCAGCAUCCGAUCCCAAGGCAAGGGUCCGAUGAACCCCGAUCUCAGUGAAGCCGAUGAGAACAUCAUUCACCGGGUUGAGGAGAUUGCGGACAAAAAGGGAUGGAGCAUGAGCCAUGUCGCGCUCGCUUGGAUCCGUUACAAGGGUGGAGUUCCCAUCACCGGCUUCAACUCUGUCAAGAGAAUCGAUGAGGCUUGCGAGCUGCGGGGCAAGACUCUGACUGACGAAGAGGCCAAAUACCUGGAGGAGCCUUAUGUUCCUAAGAACGUCAUUGGCCACGACUAG